AUGAAGUCAACAGAGGCCGCGCAGCUCAAGCUACGGAUACAGCUGCUGGAAGAAUCCAACCCGAUAUCCCUGCGCGAAGAGCUGCGAGAAGCCAACAAUGAGAUUCAGAAAUGGAGAGAAAAAGCCGAGGCUGCCGAGAGAAAGGCAAGACGGUUCCAGAGAUUCACAACCCGUAUCAGAAGCAUCCACAGCUCGCUCGCCAUGGCGGAGGGAUCUCGGCAGAGUGGCGAUGACGAGAUGGUUUCUUGGGAGGGGAGAGAUGCUGAAGGAUCUUAUCGAGCUUAUAGGGUUCGAUUUACAAAGGCUUUGAGUAGUGAAGCUUAUGGUACUGCAAGAGAGGGCGAAGGCGUCGUUGCGGAGGAGGCGCAAGAUGGCCUGCAUGACAAUAAGAGUGAUGAAGAAGCACCGUUGACGGAUGACGUUGGAUUUGCUCGUCGAGAUUUGCAUGGAUUGGACGGAGUGGCGAGUCCCGGAGUAACAGACUUUGGGUCUGCGGCGGUGGCGAUGUGGAUUGCUGCCCAGGAGUAUCUUUCGAUGGAAGAAGGCGAGGCUUCGCAUGAUUCACUGGAGGGUACUACAAGUGGGAGUUCUGUGGACGUUUGGGAGAUGGCGGAGGAGAGUUUUGAUUAG